UGCCUCGCCUCCUGCUUUCUCUUUUUACUCUUUCACCAGCUCGAGUACGCUUCCCAGCUGAAACCCCUGCAGCCGAACGGAGGCAUCUUCCUGGUUGACAAGCAAACCACUGUACUCACCCCCUUCUUCCAUCACCUCAAAAACUAUCCACAACAGUCGAGUCUCACAUAGAGAGAGAGAGAGAGAGAGAGAGAGAGAGAGAGAGAGAGAGAGAGAGAGAGAGCUGCAAUGGGAAAUCGUUUCUCAAAGCAACAGCUCAAGCGUCUUAGAGAUACCGAUGCUUCGAGUCCCACCAUUUCGAAGAAACAAAGACACGAAAAACUGGUUAAAUUACAGUCGGAGCAGCGCGAGAGCGAAUUGCCUCUUCUUCUUCCCUCUUCGGACUCUUUGGAGAAGAUCGAUGUGCCAUCGACGUCCGGAGCAAAUUCUGACCUAUCCGCUUCGUCCACCUCUGUAAAUGGAAACAAUUACUAUGUAUUCUUGAGCUUUAGAGGGCCUGAUACUCGCAAAGGCUUCGUCGAUCACCUCUACCAAAGACUCAAAGCUGUGGGCCUGAGGUGCCAUACAAACCCUGUCUUCAGAGAUGAUGAAGACCUCCCCUUCGGCGAGAAUAUUGGUGAAAAUCUCAUUAGUGCAAUCGAGCGCUCUAAGGUUUCAAUCCCAGUCAUCUCGGAAAAUUAUACUAAUAGCGAAUGGUGCCUCCGCGAGCUCAUCCAUAUAAUGAAGUGCAAGGAAAGCAGAGGACAAAUGGUCUUGCCCGUGCUUUACAAGGUGACACCCAAGGAUGUGCGACACCUAGAGGGGGGCUUUGGAAAGGCCUUCAAAUCCUGUAAGGAUAAAUUUGAGGAGGAGGUCAAGCAACAGGGGCCGCUAGCUCUCAGAAAGGCAGUUGAUCUUAGAGUAUUCGAAACAGAGAAAUUUGCUGAUGGGCAUGAAGGGGAAUUGGUAAAUGAACUCGUAGAAAUAAUAUUGCGUGAGCAGCAACAUGAUUUUCAACCACAUCUUCCCGUAAACUUGGUUGCAAUCGAGGAUCAUGUGGCUGAGGUUAUGAAAUUGGUGGAUCUUGCUUGCCCAGACACUCGACUUAUUGGGAUUUGGGGGAUGGGCGGCAUCGGUAAGACAGCUCUGGCUACGAUCAUCUAUAAAAAGCUUUUUGACAAGUUUCAGUACCGCAGCUCUCUCCAGGAUAUUAGAGAAGAAAUUAAUCGCAAGGGUGUUGAGCAUGUCCAAUCUCUACUCAUCUCAGAGAUAACAACAAACCCUCUCCGUAGCGUGCAUAAGUUUGAUAUAGGGAUUGCAAUGAUUCAAUUAUGUUGUGAAAAUAAGAAAGUACUUAUUCUUCUUGACGAUGUGGGUCAUCAAGACCACCUUGAUAAAUUGAUUGGAGGUUGUAAUUUCGGGUUAGGAAGUCGAAUCAUUAUUACAUGUCGAGAUAAGGCCCUCUUGAAGUCUGAAUAUAAAAGUUAUGAACUCAAAGAAAUGAAUCCCGAGGACUCUUUGAUUCUAUUUAAUAGGUGUGCAUUUGAAGGGGAACAACAUCCCACAGGACUCACGGAUCUUUCUCGUGAUAUUGUUGCCACCACAGGAGGGCUUCCCUUAGCCCUCAAGGUUAUAGGUUCACUUCUCAAUGGAGAAAAAGAUCAAAUGGUGUGGAGAGAGAGGCUGGAGAAAUUGAGGAAUGUACCUAUUGAGGAUGUACAAGAAAAGUUGAGGAUAAGUUAUGAUACAUUAAAGCAUGAAGAGAAACAGAUGUUUCUAGAUAUUGCAUGUUUUUUCAUUGGAACUGACAAAAGAAUUGCCACCUACUUUUGGGCGGAUCUCAAAUUCUUCCCAAGAACCGGAUUACAAAUAUUGAUUAACUGUUCAUUAAUAAAAAUUGAUAAUAAGAAGUGGUUGGGAAUGCAUAAUCAACUAAGAGAUUUAGGUAGGGCUCUCACCUGUCCAGUAGAGAAGAAGCCUUGGGAACGGAACAGACUAUGGGAUGAGGAAGCAAUGGGAGUUCUACAACGCAAGAUGGAGAAUUUGAAAGUUCUCAAUCUUUCGCGAUGCACAGGAUUAAAGAGCACCCCUAAUCUCUCCGUGUUUAAAAAAUUAGAGAUGCUAAUCCUUGAAGACUGUAUUUUUUUGGAGGAAAUUGACCCUUCCAUUAGAGAUGUCAAGCGCCUCGUUUACUUGAACUUGAGUUAUUGUGAGAGACUUAAGAAAUUACCUGAUCAACUGGACAAACUAGAAAAUUUGGAGGAACUUCUCGUAGACUACACUAUGAUAAAAGAAAUCCCUCCAUGUAUAGGAUAUCUGAAGCAGCUGAAGAGGUUUAGUGCCUGUGGGUGUUCACAACUUACUGAAGUUCCCGUAUCAUUAGGGGAUUACGACAAGUUGCCACCGAUCCCUCCUUCAAUUGGGAAGUUGGGAGAAUUGGUUGUGCUGAACUUGAUACGUGCAUCGAUUACGGGAUUGCCCGAAUCUACUGGGGAAUUAAACAAAUUGAAAAUUCUGAACCUUCAUGGUAGCAAGAUAGAAAGGUUACCGAGCUCUAUUGGAAAAUUGCAAAGCCUCGAAGAGUUGCAUGCCUCCCACUGCUAUAACCUUGAAGGACAGAUUCAUGUGGAUAAAGGUGGAUUGUCUUCUCUAAAGAUCCUUGAUUUAAACUGCACACACAAAAUUUCUGGCGUGCCGGAAAACUUAGAUCAGCUUCAUUCUCUCGAGCACCUCGAUUUACGUUUCUGUGGAGAGCUUGAGUCACUCCCAAAACCUCCUUUUAGCUUAUCAUCCCUGUGGCUCACCUGUCGGAGCAAUGAGCUGCCAUCGCUCUCUCACCUCAAGCAUCUACAGGAGCUCGCUAUUUUCAAAUGCAUGUCUCUUCAAAGCAUCCCAGAGCUUCCCUCCUGCAUACGGACGCUUAGCGUUUGGGUAUGUCCCAAAUUGGAAAGGUUCCCAAAUCUUUCCGAUUUGGAAUUUUUGUCGAAAUUACAGCUCGAACUUUGCAAUGGAUUGAAGAAAUUGGAUGGACUGGAAGCUUUUAAAUCUCUAAGAGAGUUGAACUUAUCCAUACGCCCAGAGCUCUCCAUCGGCUACGGCGUUGAUGUAGAGGAUGCAAAGGUAGAUAAUCUCCAUGCGAUAAGCGACCUUGAACAAUUGGGAUCCCUGGAAGUGCUAAAUAUCUCUGGGCGCAAGCACAUUCAAGUAUUGGACCUUUCAAAGUCGAAGCAUCUGAAGCGGUUGAAUGUUAGGGAUUGCAAAAGCUUAGUUGAAAUUCGCUGCCCUAGUAAAUUCCUGGAGCACUUUGAUAGGCAUGGGUGCGAGUCACUCGAGAAAUUUCCUGACUUUUUACCCCACAACGGCCAUUAUUUUUAA